AUGGACCUGGUGUAUCCGAAACCCGGCCAACAGCAAAUAACCAACGAUCCGCUGAGCAGGAUGAAGUCCUUCUUGGUCCUGCACGGGUUCGACGGUAGAAAGAAGUAUUUCUGGCACAUGGCGGGCCUGUUGAAAGCCUUAAUACUUCUUUGCAGGACGACUUACGCCUGCCAGACGCUGGACCAGCCGAGGAAACUCGCUGAAUUGGUCGCCACUUAUCCUAUCAGAUUUUUGGCAGUAGUGAAAAUCAUUGUACUGUUCACCGACAGAAAACGCGUUCGAUAUUUCUACGAAACCAUAUCGAAGGAAUUCUGGAAUUCCGGCAUAGCCGGUGAGAAAAUCCAGAACCAAAUCCAGCGAAGGUUCAAUUUCAUCAGCUGGGCUGUACUCUCCCAUUUCAGCACCGCCAAUUUCGUGCUCAUCAUCUUCGUAGCAUUCCCGCUGGUGGAAAUGCCCGAAGGGAAGAGAACCCUUCCGAACAUCAUCUGGACCCCUUUCGACACCAACCCCAGCCCAGUGUAUGAAAUAAUGUACGUGGUACUCCUGUGGAACCUCUUCAUGUCUGUGCUGGGCAACGGCUUCUACGACGCCACCUUCAUCUACAGCACCCAGCACCUCUUCGUGCAGUUCACCUUGCUGAAGGAGCUGAUCAGGAACAUAAGCUCGGGGAUAAUGAGCGAGUCCAGCGAUCUGGAGAGGUUCGAUUCUCAGCACUUCCAGAAGGCUGUGAACGAGAGAUUGAAGAUUUGCAUCGAGCACCACGUGAAACUUUUGAAGUACGGUAAAAACAUCGAAGAAUUCUCCACCACAGUGAUGGUACCACAAUUGAUAAUGAGCUACGCGGCUUUGGUGAUCAACGGUUACAUAAUCAGCGUGGAUCACGCCGAUGUGGCCAAAACGAUGGGACUGAUAAACCUCACGUGCGGUAGUGUGGUUCAAUUGGUACUCUAUUCUCUUCUGGCCUCUGAUAUAAAAGCUCAGAGCAUUUCGGUGAUAGACGAGAUCAUCAAGACCGAUUGGUACUUGUUCAAAGCGCCGAUAAAGCGAGCUCUGAUAUUCAUGAUGAUGAAUGUGAAGGAUGGAAUUGUCAUCACGGCUGGCGGAAUGGCCAACGUUGAUAACGAAGUUUUUGUAGCUGUGGUUUCUAAAGCAGUAUCGGCCAUUACUUUAUUGAGGGCUCUCAUCGCCGAAGAGGAAGACAAAAUGAAUUAG